AUGGCUAGCUCGAAUUUCCUUUAUCGAACCCUAAUCCGUUCCACCGCCUCCCCGACCUCCCGCCGCCUCUCAGCCGUCAAAGCGCGGCACAUCCGUUGCUUCUCCACCCUUCCGAAGAGAAGUAAAUCGCGGCCGGAGCACACGCCGUCGGACGUGGAAGCGAGGGUGGUGGAGAGGAUUGAGGACUACAUCCACAGCAUAAUUGUCCAGAGAUCCAGGCCUGAUUGGCUUCCCUUCGUCCCCAGAAGCUCGUUCUGGGUCCCGCCGCGUCCUAGCUCGUACGGCGUAUCUAACGCGCCGACGGUGAAGGAGAACCUGUCUACGGUUAGCAUGCAGGGAUGGCCUUCCUCAGAUUUCUAUUUGCCCGAUGAAAAACCCACAAUGAGCUUCAUUUCAAGACUGAGUCAUCAGCUGAUAUAUGGAUCCUUCAGGCAGCAGCGUAUAUUCUCUUCACUCACCUCUCCCAAACCAAUGGGUUUGAUGAUCAGGCACUUUUCCCAGCCUGCACGGUUAGACAACGAGGAUGAAGAAAUCGAGAUCGACCAAAGAAGGCUCCCGACCGAUUACGACCCGUCAAACUUCGACCCCACAGAGCAUCGCAGCCCGCCUUCCGAACGGGUGUGGAGGCUCGUGGAUGAGAUAUCCGGGCUCACACUUAUCGAGACGGUUGAGCUUUCAUCUAUCAUGAUGAGGAAGCUGAGCAUGAAGGAAAUGCCCGUUAUAGGCAUUAUGAAGCCAGGGUCUGUGGGGCCCACAUCCGCCAUGGCUGUGCCCACGGCCGCCUAG